CCCUGCCUCCUCCCCGGCCCCUCGUGUGCUCCCCAUUCCUCCACCCAACGAGAGCCAAAAGCCUCGCGCCCCACGCCGCCCCGCCGGCGAUCCCAUCCGUUCCCCGCAGCGACCGGCGACCAGGCCGCGGGCUUUGAUCGCCUCCGCCCCGUGCCUACCCCGGCCGCGGGCGUAGCUGCCGCCUCCACCGCAGCAGGUCCGGCCCGGCCCAGCCCGGUCCCCCCUCGGCGACUUCUGAUCCAGCCGCGUCGCGCGACAGCUCGUCGUCCGAGUCCGAUCCCCGCCACCGCGGCGGAACGAGGCGUCUCCGGUCCCCGAGGGGAUUCGGGGAAUUUGAGACUGAUACGACGGAAUCCUGGUGAUAAUGCGGGGCUACGAGUACGAGACCAAUGGUUACCACCGGGGAGUGGAAGAUGAGUAUGGAGAUGAGUACUAUGAUCAAGAUGAGUAUGAGGAGGAAGGUUCGGGUGCUGGGGAUGAGUAUGUUGAGGAGGAAGAGCCUACAGAGGGACAAAAGGAGAUACUUGAACUGAGAGAACGAUUAAAAGAGCAGAUUAGGCGAAAGGCAAAGGCUGCUGCUGCCUGCACUGCUGGCCGCUCAUCUUCUUCACAAAUACCUCAAGCCAGGGACAAAUUUGGCUCUUUCUUUGGGCCAUCCAAGCCGGUGAUUUCUCGUCGAGUGAUUGAAGAAAGGAAAUCAUUGAAAGAACUGCAUAGCACAAUUGCAAGGGAGCCAAGGCCUUCUGGAGUACAUAAAGAUAUUCCAUCGUCCUCUAAUAAAGUGCAAAGUAAAGGAAAUGGACAUCAGCAUAAACAGAAGAUUGUUAAUCAGGUAAAGAGGAAGGUUGAGGCACUUAAGGAUAACCGGGAUUAUUCAUUUCUACUCUCGGAUGAUGCUGACCUUUCUUCACCCUCUCCAAAGGAGAAACCUGCUGCUAGAUCUUCCUUGACUCAAAGGGCUGAUCGUGAAGCGAUGCAAUCAACAGUAAAGAGCAAGGCACCAACAAGUCAACCUGCACGCCUGUCAAAUGGAUAUGGACCUAAGAACACAGUGUCAACUCAAAGGCAUGCCGAAGGUAGGGUAGACUCCAUGAGAAAGGAGGCUUUCUUGAAUAGACAAAGGGUUGUUUCACGUGACAAUGAGAGGUCCCAUAGUAUUGCAAAAAAUGGAUCCAACCAGGCAAGCACUAGCAAAACCACACUCCAAAAGCUUCCAAGCAGGGGUCCUAUUGCUAAUAAGCAACCUUCCAAGGAUUUGAAUGACACAACUCUGCGGAAGAGCAGUGUAGCCUCGAAGCACCAUCUCUCAGAGAUUGACAGACCAAAAUCCUCUCAAAGUCAGAGGAUGCAGUCAGCUGGUCAGAGACCGCAGCAUUCUUCCCAUGGUCAGAGGCCACAUCAAUCCAUGCAGCAUAGGCUGCAGCAGUCAUUGCAGAGUCGGAGACCACAGCAAAUGACACAGGGUCAGAAACCUCAACAGUCUUUGCAGAGUCAAAGGACUCAACAGUCCUUGCAGAAUCAAAGGCCACAGCAGUCCUCACAUAUUCAGAAAUCACAAUCCUCACAAACACACAGACCACAGUCACUAAGUAACAGGUCCCAGCCAUCACAAGGACAAAGGCCUCUUUCUUCGAAGGGUCAAUAUUCAGAGCAAAGAAGAGUACAGGCAAAUGAUAGAGUCAAACAAGCUGAAAGGCAGAUUCGGCCUCCCUCGAAGUCCAUGCCAUCUCGGCCAGUCUCUUCCAAUGGAAUUCGUGAUGAUCAUGCAAGGAAAAAGCAAGUGGCAAAAAGAAGAUUUGAUGAAGAUGAAGAUGAGGAAGACCCCCUUGCAAUUAUCAGAAAUAUGUUCGGGUAUGAUCCUAGUAGAUAUGCAGGCAGAGAUGAGGAUGUCAGUGACAUGGAAGCCGAUUUUGCUACUAUAGAAAUGGAAGAGAAGAGAAGCGCGAGGAUUGCUAGGCAGGAGGAUGAGGAGGAACUUCGCUUGAUUGAGGAAGAAGAGAGACGCGAGCAGGAGAGGAAGAGGCGAAAGAUGGCACGAGGCCGAUAGUCCAAUACUCAACAUAUUUGGAUGUUACAACUUCACAGGCCUGAUUGCCCGAGGACAAGGCCAUGGUCGAUCAGACAGCUCUUCUCUUGCAUUCCUGGUUACCCUUGAGCGUUGCAGACAACAUCAAACCUUAGCACGUUGAUUAUCUGGAGGCAAAUCAAGGAAAACAGCAGGUGAGCAACGCUGGGCACACAACAGAAGCAGAAUGUUAGUCGUAGUGGUUUAGUUCUCGAAGCUGACAUGGACCGUAUUUAAGCUCUUGUCAGAUUGUUUGGAUAACACAAGGCUCCCAACGUUGCAGCGCCUCGUCGGAUUGUUUCUUCUAAAUUCUAAUUAUAGUACUGAUUCUUUCAGUUAAGCCUAUAUAAGGAGGCCUAAUCCAAGUGGCCCUCUUGUCUACUUUUGUUUGGUGUAGCAGUAGUGUUGUAAUAAACGAUGUGUUCGAAUUUUCGGAUAUAAUUUUGACCUUUGUCAGGCGAUCACUGCACAGCA